AAGCAUUACGUUGAAGGCAUCUUUUCUCCAGAAGAUAUGCUGUUGAUCAUGAAAGAUCUUCUUGUGAUUGCUCCCAUUUCACUAGUGGAAGCCACUACCCACCAAGCCGAGUUCUUCAUGCCAUCUCUACUCACAUCGAUCCCACCUGCUGAGCUAGACAAGAUUCGUUCCUCCUUCACAAUAUCACCCUUCGCUAUCUACUUUAGUAGUGGGUGUAUUCGCUCUGGGGUAUUUUGCUGUCUAGUUGUGGACGUGAUCAAGAGGCUGGGCUGGAAAGUGUUGCUUCCUUCAGGAGAAGCAAGCAUUUUAGCUAAAAAUUGUAUCCAGCUUGAAAUCCCCAAUCUCCCGUGCACCGUGGCUCUGAUCGACUCCUUCUCGUAUCUUGAAGUGUAUAUCGAUGUGCUUUUUGCUCUUCGCAAACAAGUAUGCCCUACAAUUCGAAACGAAAUUUUGAUCAGCAUUAAAUCGUCGUGUGAAAUGUUGCAUUACAACAACGACACACCCAAGACAGCCAUCUUUUGCCCGUGCAGCAAGAAAAGCACUGGAAGCAUCCGCAAAUUGCACCUUGCUGAUGUGAGCGAACGAAAUGGCUGUAAGUUUUGGAAGUGCUCCCUUCAGACACGUGUGUGGGGAGAGCUCAGUGAUGAAGAUAGAAUCUGGCUGGACGAUAGCGAAGGUUCUGAUGUAUCAUCCUCUGUUGCGAGUGAUAUGUGUACAAAAAAGACACUGAGUAACCAGCAGCAACAAUCUGGUAAAUUUCAAUCAUCCUCUGUAAUGGAAGAUGUGUGCAGGAAGACUGGAGUGACUCAUCAACAGCUCGAUCAAGAAAUCCCUGAGAGUGAAAUCAUUCUAUUGUCAGAGAAAUGUCCCCACCUGCUGCUGAGCAUGCACAAGGCUUUGACAAUUGACGAUCUGCAACAUGUUUACGAGAAACUACACACUGCACAUGCAAGUGCCAGCCCUCACUGGUUCAAUCUGGGAUUGGCUCUAGGUCUCAGUCAUUUCAUUCUCACCAACAUCGAUAGCAAGCAUCGUGGCGAUAAUGUGUCGUGCUUGCGUGAAAUGUUGGCUGAGCUCCUGAGUACGCAAGAUGUAACAUGGAGUCUUCUGUCAGGCGCUCUCAAAAAGCCCUCAGUGAAGCUCAUCAAUUUGGCUGAUAGCAUCACAGUCACAACUCCUAACCUGCUGAAUCGACUCAACCUCACCCCAGCCGACCUCAGUGAAGUAACUGAUGUCACACGUCGUUAUGGCAAUCAAGCUGGAGUGGCUCAUGCAUUGAGAGCGUGGCGAAGAGUGAAUCCUUCCAGGGCUACCUUCAGGGCCUUGGUGGAAAUUGCCAUAGGACUGAGAAGAGGAGACACUGCUACAGACAUUUGUAGAUUCAUUGUAGAGAAUACGAGUUGAACUGACCAAAACUGAUUUUGAUCAUAAAGUUUUUUAUUGAUACUAUUUUUUCUGUAAUGCUUUGCUUUUCUGAACACAUUUUUGGUAGUCUCUGUGAGAAGUUGAACUGAGCAUGUGCAGUAUUAGCCUCGAUCCCAGGCCGAGUUUUCGCUAACAACUAGUUGUUUGCCUAACCGUUAUAAAAGCGAAAACUCUGCCUGGGAUCGAGGCGCCCACACAUUGAAAAAGCCGUCAUCACACCGCUAAAGUCAAAGUGCAGUUAGUAGAAUUAAAGGAAUAAUCAUGUCUUGAAAUAUUGAAAUCCAACCUUCAAGACAAAGAGACUCUGUGCUUUGUUUAUCUUUCCUCCUACUAUGAACAGGUUAUAGCUGACAGGGUGAGUUGCAAUAUGCAAGGGGCCUUCCAGACCUUCUCUUGAAAUGGCUGAAUGCAUGAAUUCACCUCAUCGAAUGACUAGAUCUUUCAUGGACUCACUUCUGGCGUUCUGGCCUGGUCUACAGGUUCUGUGGGGUGAUGUAGACACAGCUAUACACAUUCACGACAUGCUUUAUCAUGUGAUGGAGAGACACAACUUCCUACCCGAGGCAUUCACUCAUGACUUCAGGGUCCACUGGGGAAACCACCCUCUCAGGCCUGAGUUCAUUGAGAGCACUUACUUCCUCUACAAGCUUUCAGAAAAUAAUAUUAUCGUUGAAAUUGGAUCCACGGAAUUCAAGUUAUGGCAGCUGAUAAAUUGGGGAGACUUGCAGUUAAUUUUAAUUUGGAGGCGACUGGAGAUCCAUACUACCUGGACGUCAGUCGAUCAGUGGUGAACAACUUGAACAAGUACGCCAGAGUGAGGUGUGGCUUCGCUGCCAUCAAGGACCUCAGAACCAACGCUCACGAGGACAGAAUGGACUCCUUCGUACUGGGGCUGAGACGUUCAAGUAUCUGUUCUUGUUGUUUGCUGACGAGGGGGACAGUCCCUUGAACAUGGAUGACUUUGUGUUCACGACUGAGGCCCACCUCUUCCCCCUCUCCCUCGCCAGCGCUAACACCACCCUCAAUAGAGUCGUCCAAGAGGCAUUACUGGUGAAGAACACAGACCUGGUGAAUAUGAGCACUGUCACUGUCACCACUAGCGGACCAGACUCUUCUGGGAAGGCAGCAAAGAACAAACCAGUCGCUGACAGCUUCACUAAAGGCGUCUCCUGUUCACUGACGAGAGUGUCCUCCCUCACGAGGUGGGUAAAGGAGAGGCUGCUGUCAAUGAUAUAAGAGACAAAGCAAGGGCAAACUCCACCCACUCAAUCAUCGGUGGAUUAUAACGAGCAGGGGCCCACUCAUGAUGUGUGUAGUUCAUGGUUCAUCGAGCCAGUACAGUGGAUGGAAAGCUCUCUACUGGGCAAAGUGGAGGGGAAGAUUCUGUGUCUCAAGUGCUCGGCUCGUGUGGGGUCAUUCAACUGGUCAGGUGAUCAGUGCUCGUGUGGGCAGUGGGUCACGCCCUCCUUCCAGAUACACAAGGCACAAAUAGACGAAACCAGAACACUCACUAGGAGAAAAGUGGACAAAACUGUAUAGCUAGCUAGCAAAUUACUGAAUUAUUGUCCAAAUUCAAUAUUAAUUUUUUCGAUCAUUUGAAGGUUUAUUGAUUGAACAAUAAAUGAUGUCA